AUGAGGGCAGUAGCUGCCGUGUCCACUGACGAUCUGGUCAACAGUCUUCUUGACUCUGUGACCGCUGGAUCCUCUUCGUCGACACCCUCCACUAACGCGACAGACUUGACCUCGAUCAGAAAUUCGACAUCACCAUCAUUCAAUGCUGCAUUUUCGUCUACUUCUCAAAGUGCGCCCUCCUCGGCCAGCAGUGACACCGAAUCGUCUUCUUCCACAGAUGCUCCAGAAGUAAUCAGCUUGAUCACACCUGCACCCGCAUUAAACGAUGGCUCCUUGUUUAUUUCAGACAAUUCAGAGGCAAAUGAUCUGAACAAAUCAAGCGGCAAUGGACGCGGCAACACCGGUCUCUCUAUUGGUAUAUCCUUAGGCGUCUUGGCGAUCAUGGUAGCUGCACUGUUAUAUUUUAAGUCGCGUAGGAGACAUGCCCAGAAGGAGCACGAGUCGGCUGCUGUCCCAGCAACAGGAAAUACACCUAUGACCGUGCCGUCAGACCGAGGUUUCAAGCGAGAACGGGAUCUGGGAAUACCUGAAAUGUCAAUUGAACUUGCACCUGGCGAGUUGGGAAUGUCUAAGGGUUUUGACACAAGCUACGCUAGCUCGUCACGAUCCAGUGUCGCAAGUCAGCACUACAAUCUCAGCCUUGCUAGUAGCUGUAGCGGCUUGUUCAAUACGAAAGGAGGCGUAAGUCCUACAAGUAGUAGCCACAAGCUAACCAGUUACUCAUAUCAAUACCGAGAGUCGGAGGAAAAGGGCAGCGGAAACAACAAUCAGUCGACUACGGGCAAUUCGACACUCCAUUUAACAGGUCUUAUUGGCAACGGUGCAACAGCAAGUGGCCGUGGACCGAGCAACUCAUCACGUAGCCGUAAACUCUCGGCUCCGGAUGAAUACGCUGAGCUUAUCACUGCAACAAAUGCGCAGGCAGAAGUAAACAUGAGUGUACAUGAUCAGUCUUCUCAAGGCAUUUACCAUAGCUUGACACAGAGCUCAGCCAGUCAGAAUGAAAUGGAUAUUAGCAUGGGACCGGAUGACAGUUUCAUAGCCCCGUUACCGCCGAAAGCAUUGUCUUCUCGGGUUGCAAAACGUUUGGCUGUGACAGUCGGACGAGCGUCUGAAGAAAGUAUGGGUCCGGACUCUCCCAUUAUUGGACGAACAGAUACCGUUUACGACACAAUUCCAACUUUAAGUGGCGAGAAAAUGUCGGUUUCGGCGCGAAGUUCAGUAGAGAAUAUGCACUUUAUGUCGGCAGCAUCAUUCAUGUCAAAAUCUUCCGCGUCGUCGGCAUCAACCAGAGACAGUAUGACAACAUCAGCUUGCAGUUCAGCAUACCUUCCAUCCAACUCCUUGUUGCAGCAGUUUUCGAGGACUACUGACAGUGACUAUGGCGAGGAUCUAACGUCUGAGCGUGUGUCAACAGAGUCAACAGAGAGCGCCAACACGGCGCGUUCCGGAUCGCUCAUUGCACUAAAUUUGGACGCUAAGGAUAGCAGCGAGAUCGCCAUUUAA